CGCAUUAGAUCAUGUGCACUACGUAGUGCACUCGGUGUGUGAUUGGUUGUGAUUUUAAUGCGGUCCGUGUAGAAAAGGCUCUUCCUGUUUCCAGGGGACGUCUGGUGGAGGAUUGCUGCUGCUACAACAACAGGUGCCGUCCUCCUCGCUCCCGCCGUAUGUGUGAUCGUGUGACCGUGAACGAGUGACAGAGCCAUGGAGCAGUGUGCAUGUGUGGAGCGAGAGCUGGAGAAGGUGCUGCACCGGUUCGUAGCGUACGGACACCAGUCAGAGGAACGUCUCGAUGAGCUGCUGAGGAAUGUGUGUGAGCUGCGCAGCCAGCUGGUCACCUUCGGUGUACAGGAUACAGAUUUAUCAGUGCUUUCUCAGACCAUGGCGCAGUGCUGUAAGGAAAUCAAGGAGACAGUGCAGAUGCUCGCUUCUCGCCACAAGGACAUCCAUGGCAGUGUGUCCAAAGUGGGCAAAGCCAUCGACAGAAACUUCGACGCAGAGGUGAGCGCCGUAGUAGCCGAGACGGUGUGGGACUCAUCAGAGAAGCAGAGGAACCUCAGUGAGACCAUCGUGGAGCACCUCUACCGACAGGGCAUGCUGAGCGUUGCUGAAGACCUCUGUCAGGAGUCGGGUGUGGUCAUCGACAUGAGCAUGAAGCAACCGUUUCUGGAGCUCAACCGCAUUCUAGAGGCUUUACGGAUGCAGGACCUCCGGCCAGCGUUAGAAUGGGCUGUGACGAAUCGACAGAGGUUGCUGGAUCUGAACAGUAGUCUGGAAUUCAAGCUACACCGGCUCUACUUCAUCAGCCUGCUGAACGGAGGUGUGGAAAACCAGCUGGAGGCUCUGCACUACGCUCGUCACUUCCAGCCAUUCGCUGCACAGCAUCAGAGAGAUAUCCAAGUUUUAAUGGGCAGCCUGGUUUACCUGCGUAACGGCAUCGAGAACUCUCCAUACCGAAGUCUGCUCGAGACCAACCAGUGGGCCGAGAUCUGUAACAUCUUCACCCGGGACGCCUGCGCCCUGCUCGGCCUGUCUGUAGAGUCUCCGCUCAGCGUCAGUUUUGCGUCAGGUUGCAUGGCCCUGCCUGUGUUGAUGAACAUUAAGCAGGUUAUCGAGCAGAGGCAGUGUAGUGGUGUCUGGACACACAAGGACGAGCUGCCUAUUGAAAUAGACCUGGGGAAAAAGUGCUGGUAUCACUCUGUGUUUGCGUGUCCCAUCCUGAGGCAGCAGACUUCAGAGAGUAACCCACCCAUGAAGCUCAUCUGCGGUCACGUCAUCUCCAGAGACGCCCUGAACAAACUCACCAACGCUGGAAAGCUGAAGUGUCCGUACUGUCCGAUGGAGCAGAACCCGUCGGACGCUAAACAGAUUUACUUCUGACGUCCCGCGGCGGAGCAGAUUAACACGUCGGAGGCUCCUCAGCGUGUCGGAGGCUCCUCUGAUUGGCUGAGUUGGAAUGAUCUACGCUCACGGCCUUCUGCGGCGGCUCGAACCGUGGAGCCGCCCACACCCUUCCCUUCCUGAGUUUUUUAGUUGGCACAGGCCGGUUGUCAUGACAACACACACCUGUAGAUCUGAGUCAGUUAAGUGUGCAUCACGAGGACAGAGCUCCAUGGGUCAUUCGCUCAUAUAUGACACUCAUUUAUGACUCACAGGCUUUUAUAAGUAUGCAAGGUUUUUUUUUUUUUUCUUUCUCUCUCUCUCUCUCUCUCUCUCUCUCUCUCUCUCUCUCAUCAUUAAUAUGUUUUAAUUUGACUUUUCAGUUCCUCUGUAUGGUUUAGGAGAGUGUGGCGUAUGCUUGUGAACAGGUGUGACCUUCCUACAUCGUAUGUUUUCACGGUUGCUUAUUUACGAGAUAUUUAAACGACUAUAUUAUAGAGGCUUUCAGCCAGUGUACAUGACAGAAAGGCUUUUCAGCAAGUUUAUUCACAGAGACUUAUUCCUUGAGGCCAGGAGGAGUUGGGUGGAGUGUUUUGUUGUUGAAGAGAAACCUGUUAUAAAGCGGAUCGGCGCUACACUUCAUGAUGGUGUAUUGAUUAAAAUAAUAAAAAGAAAAUGUUUAGACUGUCGGAUGUCUGGUUAAAACGUCCGCGCUGCGAAUCGUCGGAAACGCGAAGUGAGCAGCUUGAUCCUGACGUCGGCUGAUUCCUCGGAGUUAUAGAUAUGUCUUGCUUUGUGUAUAUAUUUAAGAAAAUAUUUAAAAGGGGACAAAAAAAAAGAUACUACUGUGAACUGUGAUUCUUUAUAUAUUUUUUCCCACCCUCGAUAGUCAUCACCUCAUCGACAUGCUAUAAAGUAACUCAGCGUAACACAGAUCCUGUCAUCCUGCUAUGGAUAGAGCAGUUUGUAAUGCCUUAAAGAGAUGACUGGCUCCAUCAGGAAGUUACACCAACUGCACUGAACACUGACUGUUGGAUGAGUUGCUCUGCUCUUAAUCCUUUUUUAAUGCAGGGGGAAAUGUCUAUUUCAGCCCUCAGGGUAAUUAACAUGAUGAAAUUGCUUCAUGGUGUCUGUGUGUCUGUCUGUCUGUCUGUGUGUGUGACAUGAAUCUUAAUGAAGCAAUUCCACAACAAUGAUUUGUACACCAUGUUUCCUUUACCACAGAUGUAGAGGAUCAACCAGGACAUGUUUAAUGUCUGAAGUUCUAACAUUAUCUUAAUAAAUCUGACCGGUGGCAAGAUAUCUGGUCCUUUACCUACAUCAAUAAACACAUGUAGACUUUACAAUACAGCUAA